AUGCGGGAAUUAAACUUUCGACCCUCGGGUCGUAAAUCGUUUGUCAAUUUGUGGCCGCGAACUGGCGGCGAUCGCACCGCGGGAUCGAUUUGGCCCGAGUGGUUCUGCGGCGUGUGCGCGCGCUCUGUGGCGAUGCCGAUCGCCCUGAUUGCGGCUAAGUGCAUAGAAAAGAUAUUAGAUUCGUUGCCAAGGGGUGUCACCGCACCGGGUUCCCCAGCGCACGCAGUCCACAAAACACAACAGAAGCUGCACUUGGGCUUGGCACCGAACGCAUUUUAUUGCGAACGUAACAGUUCCGUCGCGAGGGCCAGC